CUGCCGCUUGUUUACAACUACGCUCACCAUCCAGGUCUUUGAGACCGAGGCACUCGGUCUUUCACCCUGUCGCCGCAUGUCGAAUAUCUCUGCUCAAUCCAGCCGUUGAGAUCGUCAGAGACUCGGUCGACGCACACAAUCCUUCCUUUGAAGCUCAGAGGAGGCUGGAUACUCUGAUCGCUGCCCCCUUCCAUUUCCUCCCUAUCCCUGAUAAUGCCAAGCUCUGCGAUCGCGCGGGGUAACAGAAAUUGAUCGAAUCCCCGCAUUCUUGGGCCUGGAUAGAAUCGGUAUCAUUCUCGUACUAUGCUCUGGCGCAAACGCGCUCAAGCUAUGAGCUCCAACGACGCUCAUCAUUCCCCCCCUCCCGGAAGUCGACGGCUCCUGAUCGAGAAGAUCUCGACCCUAGAGUUUUCUAUUGCUCUGUAGAGUUAUAAAAGACAAACGGUAUCUACAAGUCCCUCGUCCGAUCCCCCUUGCUUGACCAUGAACUACAAGCGAACCAUCCUUGUACUUGCGAGCGCUGUCGUGUCUGCCCUGGCGGAUACCUGCGGACCUGUCUCGUCUCCAUUGAACAUCAAUGGUAUCAACGUUGGCUACAUUGAUUCUUGCAUCUGCACUUCCAACUUGGCGUCGUUCAUCAGUACAAAUCCAGUCGCUCGGCAAGGGGUCAAUCUUGGUGGACUCCCCAUGGUCACCGCCAUCCUCACUCAAUACAUAAACUCCGCGUCGCAAGCAGUCGGCAGAUGUAUCUACCCCACAAACGGGGUCGGUCUCAACAGCCCGGGAAUCUGCACCAGCACCAUACCUUGUGCGUUCUCGUGCCUGAACGGCUUCAUGGCGACUAGCAACGCCUGUGUUUGUCCUGCCCCGUCCACGGUCUGCAACUCUGUCUGUGGGUCUUAUCCCAACGGGUGUUCUACCAGCGGACUGGGCCGAAGAGAGUCAGCCCGUCCGCCCAGAUGUUUCCGCGGCCAGCGCGCCUGCCGGGUGCCAGGCCGGAGCCUCGGCUCGUGGGAAUGCAUCGACAUCCAGUCGGACUUGGAGAGCUGCGGAGGUUGCUCCUAUGGCGGUUCGGGGACAGACUGCACCUCACUCGCGGGGGUCGCCGACGUCGCUUGCGUCCAGGGCGAGUGCGUCAUCAACAAGUGCUCGCCCGGAUUCUCCGCCAACAACUCUCGCUGCAUCGAGGACGGAGAUUUGCUCGCUCCUCAUGUGCUCAUCGAUCAGUAUGGAAUGGCCUUGUGAACCGCAUACAUACCCCGUCUCCUUUUGCAACAAUGGCAUGCCUCUGUCUCGUGACCCAGCGGGCGCAGACCACUCCUCUCCAUCACCCCAACGGGGUCUCGCGCAUUCUCCAGUUGUGGAGGGAAGAUGAUAGGUUUAUUAGGCGUGACACAUAUGGGCUCUUCCUCUGGAUUCUAGCGUUACAUACAUGUUUGCUGAAAAAGAUGCAAUCAGAGUCUUUGUGACACCAUGUCUCUCUAGGGAGUCGGAGCCUACGACCGCGA